AUGCCCCACAACCUCUACCUGCACAGCGCCCUCGUGCAGACGCGCCGCCUGCGCGCGCCAGACGACGCGCACCGUCGGGAGGCGCUCGCUUACUUUGGCCUCGAGUCGGCGCUGUCCCUGGCGGUGUCUGUGCUCAUCAACACCUGCGUCGUGUGCGUGUUUGCUGCCGGGUACUUUGGCAAGCCCGGCCUGGAUGACAUUGGGCUCGAGAACGCGGGGCAGUACCUGGGGGCGACGUACGGCGCGGGCAUCGUCGUGAUCUGGGCGCUGGGCCUGCUGGCUGCGGGCCAGAGCAGCACCAUGACGGGCUGCUACACCGGCCAAUUCGUGAUGGACGGAUUCCUCGCUUUCAAGGUGUCCGCGUGGGUGCGCAUCCUGGUGACGCGGCUGGUGGCGCUGGUGCCCACCCUGGCGGUCGCCUUCAUCAGCGGCGGCGGCGCGGGCAGCACCUCCCUAGAUCAACUCAACCAGAUCCUGAAUCUCCUGCAGAGCGUGCAGCUGCCAUUUGCGUGA